AUGGCGGACUUGAAUUACUGCAAGGUUGUUGAUCCAACAGCUGUCCCACGUAUUUUGCGAUGGAGAACCACUACGUCUGUUCCCGAGAUGAGAAAGUUGAAAAUUUAUUUUUUUCAAAGCAAAGAGUCAGUUCAGUUGCGGGCCCUACGUCCGAGUGAAGAGGAAAUGAGACUACCAUAUUGGAGUUGGCCACAGGAUCGCCCUGCUGUUGUCUCGACAGAGUCAAUCCCUUCUUCAUGUGUUGACCUUGAUGAGUUGAACAAGGUGGUAAGCUUGUUGAGGUCCGAGUUGUUUCAAGUAAAGCGGGAAAAGGACGUCUUUGAGUUAAAGGUCAUACGGAUGGAAAAACUUUUGGACCACUGUUUAGGUCCUCAGUUUGAGCAGGAAGUAAGGAGGGACCUAGCUUUACUGAAAGAGAGGACGAAUCGUUGUGCCAUCUCACAUCUAUUUAUGGGAAGUGAGGAAAUGGAUGACAUUCAAUGGGAUGAAGGGCCAAGUAACAGAAAUGAGGGAGAGGAAAAGGAAGAGGAGGGGAUUGAAGGGGGUGAAGAGCCAAGUAACAGAAAUGAGGGAAAGGAAAAGGAAGAGGAGGGGAUUGAAGAGGGUGAAGUGCAAAGAAAACCAAGUGAGGUAGAGGAAGCUCAAAGGAAAAGAAGUGAGGGAGAGCAAGUGAAAAUAAAAAGCAGCAAGGGAGAGGAUGCGCAAAGAAAGAGCAGUGAUGAAGAGGAAGUGAAAAGAAAAAGCAAUGAGGGAGAGGAAUUGCAAAGAAAAACUAGUGAGGGAGAGGAUCCGCAAAGAAAAAGAAGGGAGGGCACGGAAGUGAAAAGACAAAGAAGUGAGGAAAAGGAAGUGCAAAGAAACCAAUGUGAGGAAGAGCAUGAUGAAGUUAUGUUGCUUGGCGAUGACAUUGGCGAGAGCACGGAGGGGACAAAGGUUGAGUUUACUCUCGGGGACAUUGAUUUGGAUCAACCUACAGCUAUGCUAUCUUAG